GAGAGAGAGAGAGACAAACAUAACCUAAAUUUCAACCUAACCAAACUUUGUUUUAAGCCAAAUACUAUUAAAUUAUUCUGAAGUCAGUUAUCAAACUGAUGAGAUUCCACUCAAAUUCGAAGUUAUAAAUAAGAUAGUGUUGCCAUCAAGUAUUAAAACAUUUUUAGUAGUUUUUCUAGAAGCCACAACCUCACCAUUGUUUUUCUGAAAUGGACAAUUUUUUAAACAAAUCCGAUUCAAAUAUUAAACUCGAAGAAACAAAGUAUGACAUAAAUUAUACAAAUUCAGAAGAUGAUAGAAUGGAUUAUGAUGAUGAUGAUUCCAAGGAUGCUACCGUUCCAGUAGAAAACAGUGUUUUCAAAGAAGAAAUAAACCAUUCUGAAAUAGAGGUGAAAUCUGAGCCUCUUGAAAUAACUCGAGAAGAUAUACUAGAUCUUGGUUCAGAUAUUAUUUUACCUCAAGCUUCGCAAAGUCAAAGCACUGCUAGUUUGAAACAGAAAAAGGAAAUAAAAUCAAGGAAAGAAAUGGAAGAGGAAGAAAGAGAGAAAAUGCAAGUAUUAGUUUCUAAUUUUACCGAGGAUCAACUAGACAGAUAUGAAAUGUACCGCCGAUCAGCUUUUCCCAAGGCAGCUAUUAAAAGACUUAUGCAAACCAUAACAGGAUGUUCUGUAUCGCAAAACGUUGUAAUUGCCAUGGCAGGUAUUGCUAAAGUAUUUGUUGGAGAAGUAGUAGAAGAAGGACUUGAUGUAAUGGAAGAGACUGGCGAUACCGGGCCAAUCCAACCUAAACAUCUUAGAGAAGCGGUACGACGAAUGAGAAAAGAUGGCGGUAUUCCUAGUGGUAGAGAUUACAGGACACACUACAGAUUAUGAAUUGUAAAAUUAUAAUUUCAUUUUAUAAAAAAUAAUUCAUGUAUCGUGGUUAGAGAUAAGGACACUCCCGUGCGACAGACAUUUAUGCAAGGUACCCAACAGAAGUUAGUCUCGCACAUAUUUCUCGUUCAUCCAGCAGCAGGACCAUGCUGAAAUCAUCCGAGUAGAUCACAGACCGGUUUGCAUCAGUGCAGGAAAGAUCCGACCCGAAUGGCAAAGGGCCUGUGACUCGAUUAAUUGCAGCAAAACUUGACUGCAUGUAUGAAACCUUCGUCUGAAUGUCUCUCAGAUAUAAUUCGAUAUUCAUCGUGGUACUAGCCGGGGAAGUAGUUAUUUUCCGGCAGACGUUUACCAGAGAUGAAAUGAAUGUUUCGAAAUUCAAUUUCGAAAUAUUUAUUUUCUCUUAUAUAUGUACCUCUCCUCGAAACAGUCUUCUGACACCUAUUAAAAAUUGUCCAGAAGGUCUUGUAUAUUCGAUGAAUAAAGGGUAUUCUGGUACACUAACACCAUCUUUAUUCAAUGUUUUUAGGGGCACUGUUUAUGCCUUUAGUAGUAUCAUCAUCAUAUAAUGUUUUUAUCAUAAUAAUUGAAAAAUUUAGUCAGCUAGGUCUCAGUCUGUUGAAUAUUCAUUAUUAUUGAAUUGUUAUUAAAGUUCAAAUUAUUUUGAAUCAAUGUAUUCAAGCUGAAUAAACAUUUGUUUCUAUAA